UAAUGAAACUGACAAAUAUGGAAAUGCCAUUAGAUAAAUGUGAUUCUGCCAGUUUUCACCAGACUUGGAUCCUAUAACAAAGGUAGAUAUCGAUAUUUCUAUUAGGGAGGUUUUGCUGGUUUUCAACUGAUUCUUGAUGAAAAUUUUCGAUAUAAAUUCAGAGGCAUUAGCUGUAUUUUACAUUCUACUUUCCUCCAGGGAUGCCUUUUCAGGAUUUAAUAAAUUGAAGUUAAAUGGACACCCAUAGCGAAUUAAAGCUUAAAGGUGAGUCAUCCUAAUCCAGCACUAGAUUUUUUUUUGACCGAUCUUUUGGAAGGAGAAAUUUAAGAGACUCUUUUGUGCAUGAAAUUGACUCAAUAACUUAAAUGCACUCUCGCAGGGUCUUAAAUCCGAAACAAUAUAGCUUAGGGAUGUCUUAAAGUGCUCAUUUUUUGCAAAUUUGAUGGACAAAAUAUGUUCAGGUGAUAGUUAAGGAACUAUUUUGAACGUAUUACAAAAGAAAAGGACCGGUUUUAUCUUCUUCGUUUUUUCAGGAAAAGAAUGUUUGGAGAUUGUACAAUUAGGAAGAAUUGUCAGAGACAGCUAUACUAAGAACAAGAAAAACCUUAGUCUUCUCGAAGCGCUCAUAUUUCUAUCGCACAAAUGGAAUCGAAGCCUCCCAUCAACGCCCAAAGCGGAACAAACCAACUAGCAGUGCUCCAUUUUGGCUUGGUUUAAUCUCUAGCGCUGAAUUUGUCAAGUCUCAUAUCAGCAUAACUAGUGAUAACAACAGCUACACCCGCCAUAGGUUAUGUUGAGGUUUGAUCCACCUAAACAUCUUAAGGACUGUUCCGUUAGUUCUUUAAUUGACUUGGAUUAUCCUCCGAAAAAAAUCCAAAAAAUUUGUUAAGGCUGUGGGAUCCGCCAAUGGAUUGAUUUGUGUUCUCAGUGAUUAUAAAAAUUUGUCUCUCUGGAACCCGUCAAUUAGGAAGCUCAAGAAAUUGCCUUCGGCUAGAACUGGUUACCUUUACAUGUAUGGUUUUGGAUAUGAUGAGCUUAAUGAGGAUUAUAAGGUAGUGAGUCUUACCCAAAAAGUGUAUGAUGACGAUUCACGUUAUAAUGUGGGCAAAAUAUAUAGUCUGAAUAAUAAUUCUUGGAAACGUUUGGACGAUUUUCAAAUUGGGGAGCUAUCCAAUCAGACGGGUAAGUUUGUGAAUGGGAAACUUCAUUGGGCUAAUACUACUAAGCGUUUUAGCUGUUAUAGUGAUUGGGACAUCAUUUUUGUUGACUUGGCUGAUGGGAGAUGGGGAGAAAUGGAGAAACCUUGCUAUGCAGAAGGAAAUCUUGAGUUUAAGCCAUGCCUCGGUGUGUUAGGAAAUGAUCUUUCUAUGUUUUGUCAUCAUCUUAGGAGUCACGCAGAUGUGUGGGUUAUGAAAGAAUAUGGAGUUAAAGAAUCAUGGACAAAGAUGUUUAUCAUCAAGUAUCCUUAUGAUCCCAUGGGGUAUAGUUUAUUUGGUCCACCCUUUUCCAUGUCAAGUGAAGGUGAAAUUUUGUUUAGGAAUGAUUCAGUUUUCAUGAUUUACAAUCCAAAUGAUGACUCGAUCAGAUUUCCAGAGGUUAGCAACUGUGGUCCCCUUGUUGAGGCAACGCUCUACAUUGAAAGCCUAGUUUGGCCCUUUGUUGCAAAUGGUACCACCACGCAACAACGUCAAAGGUGGCAAAAGCUCAUAUGAAGGCAAUCGUGUGAUAAGGAAUUAUUAAGAGUUCUCUAUACAUUUUUCUCAAGAGCUAUUAAAUUUUGUUUUUGUCGCAUUUAUAAAACAACAAGACUCUGCAGAUAUUAUAGACAUCUUUGAACCAUAUCUGUUUGUAGAUCUUUUUAGUCCUUUUUGGCCUCACGAAACUUUUUCUUUGCAAGAACAAUUAGUUUGGUUUAAGUGCUCGGUAUCUUCAUCUUCAAACUAAAUUUCACUCAACAUUGUUUCUUCAGGGUUGUCUUUCUUAUUUGGUCAAUGGAAGGUUGAAAUGUCUUUCACUUUGUCACUAGAGUUGACAUAACCAAUGGGUCUGUGCAACGAUAGAUCAUUUUAAGAAGCAAAUUUAGCUGUUUUGAUCAUGAGAAUGGGAUGCACGAAUGUAGGAGAUAAAAUAACCCUGAGGAGGUUUGUUUAAGAGGUCACUAUCUAUUCUAAAGUAGAUAAGAGUACAAAUUUUGUAUCAAUCAACAAUGAUUACUACAGUA